GAAAAAGAGAAAAAAUGUCUCAAAUAUACCCUGUUCUUCGAGGGUUUGACGAUCUAGGCCACUGUGCUCGUGGAUCUUAGCUGUGAGCUGAAGCUAUGGUCAUGGAAUCCUCCUCCGAGGAGCACCAGCCGAAGCACACGAGAGAUGUCCAGCAGCAAUUCCCGGCAGAGGGCGACGAGACCUUCGAAAAAGAAGGGCAGUGGGAUGGUUCGGAUGUCCUCGUGAACGGCAACGGGAAGGAGUGCUUUUCGGUGGAGGAACUCUUUGAAAAGGUAGCGAUUCCUCGAUGGCAGGACCAGAUUACGCUCCGAGCCUUGGUCGUGAGCGCCAUCCUGGGAGGCUUCUUCUGCAUCAUCACCCACAAGCUCAGCCUCACGGUUGGAAUCAUCCCGUCUCUCAAUGUGUCGGCUGGCCUUCUUGGCUUCUUCAUGAUCAAGUUCUGGAACGGUGUCUUCACCAGGCUCAACUUUUGGUCCAGGCCUUUCACCCGUCAGGAGAACACAGUCGUCCAGACGUGUGUCGUGGCUUGCUACGGAAUUGCUUUCAGCGGUGGUUUUGGCACAUAUCUUUUGGGACUGGAUGACAACACCUACAAGAAGAUUGGAGCAAGUUUUCCAGGAAAUCGAGCUGUAGACGUCAAGACACCCGCUCUGGGAUGGAUAUUUGCAUUUAUUUUCACAGUGAGCUUCCUUGGCAUUCUGGUGAUUGUACCACUCAGCAAGAUAAUGAUCCUGAAAUACAGGCUUACGUAUCCCAGCGGGACUGCCACCGCAAUUCUCAUCAACAGCUUCCACACUCCAGAAGGUGCAAAAACUGCCAAGAAACAGGUGAAAUGCCUAGCUAAAACGAUGGGCCUGAGCUUUUUCUUCAGUUUCUUCAAGUGGUUUUAUAGCGGCGACGGAGAAAGCGCGUGCGGUUUCGAUAACUUUCCAACGCUUGGCUUGAAAGCCCUGAACAACAAGUUUCUCUUCGAUUUCAACUUAACUUACGUUGGAGCGGGCAUGAUUUGUCCACAUAUUGUGAAUGUUUCCGUGUUGCUGGGUGCGAUUAUCUCCUGGGGGAUCAUGUGGCCUCUUAUCAGUACGGCGGGCUGGUAUGACAAGAGUUUCAAGGGCUCAAAUUUCCGGGGUCUAUAUGGAUAUAAGGUUUUUGUUGCUAUUGCGUUAAUUCUUGGAGAUGGGCUUUACAACUUCAUCAAGGUUGUUAUUGUGAGUGUGUGGUUUAUGUACAAACAUUACAAGACGGACCUCCUCCCCAUCACUGCCGGCGCUGAUUCCCGCGACGGCGUACUAACGACAGACGAGAAGAAACGAAACGAGACGUUCCUCAAAGGCAGGAUUCCAUUUUGGCUGGCUUCGUCGUGCUACAUUGGUCUAGCUGCCAUCUCCACCGGCGUGAUUCCCCAGAUCUUCCCGCCAAUGAGAUGGUACUUCGUCAUGACUUGCUACAUCCUCGCCCCGGUUCUGGCCUUUUGCAACGCUUAUGGAACUGGCCUCACCGACUGGAGUCUGUCGUCAACUUAUGGAAAGAUCGGCCUCUUCGUUUUUGCUGCCUGGGCCGGUGCUGGCAACGGAGGAGUGGUCGCGGGCCUAGCAGCUUGCGGAGUGAUGAUGACGAUCGUGUCUACAGCAUCUGAUCUCAUGCAAGACUUCAAGACGGGGUACCUGACAAGAUCAUCUCCCAGGUCCAUGUUCGUCGCUCAGAUCGUCGGUACGUUCCUGGGCUGCGUCCUGGCACCGCUUACGUUCUGGAUGUUCUGGAAGGCUUUUCCAAUCGGCGACGAGAACGGGCAGUACAAGGCUCCCUACGCAGUGAUUUACAGGCAGAUGGCUAUCAUCGGGGUGCAAGGCUUCUCGGCUCUUCCAGCGCACUGCUUGGAGCUGUGCUAUGCCUUCUUCGUCAUGGCAGUGGUGGUGAACGGCAUCAGGGACUUGCUGCCGAAGAAGUACUCUAAGUACAUUCCUAUCCCGAUGGCUAUGGCGAUUCCUUUCUACAUCGGAGCUUACUUCGCCAUCGACAUGUUCAUCGGCACGGUGAUAGUUUUUAUAUGGCAGCAGCUGAACAGGAAGAAGUCGGAGAUUUACGUUCCAGCGUUUGCCUCGGGAUUGAUUUGCGGGGAUGGCCUUUGGGCCGUUCCUUCGGCAAUCCUGGCGCUGGCAAAGGUGGAUCCUCCCCUUUGCAUGAUGUUCUAUCCUUCCAGCGUUGCAGCAACCAUAUCGUCAAAGUUUGGGUGAUCUUUUUUACGGCGACCAAAUCUGUAAAUAGUUUCUCUACUAAGAGUUCACUUGUGAGUAUUUUUUUGUUUCUUUGUUGCUAACAUGUUCGCGAUCGUGUAGCUUGAAUGAGCUGCCAAAGACAUGCAAACAUGCACACGUUUUACGAAGCUAUAUAUCCAUCCUUCCUGCU